UGAUGAGACGCUUGUGGUGAGACACCCUGAGCCUCGCUGAACUCUCCUUCACUCCUGCUGAAUCAACUCGCCAGCCAACAUGAACAAGCACUUGCUUCUAUUAGGCAUACUUAUCCUUCUCUACUCUCCCGUACACGCCAAAAACCUCUUGGAUGAGAUCAAAUCGAGGCCGAAUUUGUCCGAGGUGGCUCGGAUCAUCCAGGGGGACCAGUUGCUGCCGACGCUAAUGGAGCGCCAGGGUUACACCGCCUUCAUCCCUACCAACGAAGCCCUCAAAAAGUACCAGGGCCCAAAAGACCGCAGGCUCAUCCAGUACCAUCUUGUGAACCUCCCAUAUAUGGUGCAAGAGAUGCCAGAUGAGCUGAACACUGAGCUAUCUGGAAAUCCUCGUGUUUAUGUAUCUCGUCUUCGCUCAGGUAAUACACCCAUCAAAGGCUGGGAAGACUAUCAUUACUUCAUCAAUAAUGCCAAGAUCAUUGAUGCUAACCAUGUUGCUCAAAAUGAAGAAGGGAUAAAGCAGGUUCUCCAUAUUGUUGACCAGGUGAUAGUUCCCACAAUAGCCAAGGCUGCAUCCAAUACUACUAUUCCUGCAGGUUUCAUCACCCCAGAUGCACAGAAGCUACUACUGAAGCCUCAGCUUUAUGGACUGGUGGAUGAUUAUUCAAUCUCAGAGUUUGAAAACCGUGUUUCCAACUUGGAUCUCCUUGAUGUUUUCAACAUCUCGGGAAAGAACACUUUCUUCAUACCUGUCAACCAGGCACUGAAUUUUGUAAUGCGCACGGACAAGGAACUAAUUGAUAAGCAAGUCAUCCAUGGCCAUGUUGUUCCGGGACAUGUUCUUUUCACCCGCACUGUGGAAAACUCAAACAUCCAGUACGAGAGCUUGGCAUUUACAGACAACCUCAAGGUGUUUAUCUCUGUGGAAAAUGUCAGUAAUUCUGAUAAUCAGGAAACAACAUAUUAUGUUAAAAGUAAUACGAUUGCUAGUGACAUUUCACACAACAAGGGCACAGUGCUGGCAAGAAUAACAAAAGAAAACAUUCCAGUUAAGAAUGGUGUUGUCCACCUUAUUGAUCGCCCACUAAUGGUUGUAGCAUCUAGCAUCAUUUCAUAUCUUCAGGAAAAGAGAGGGCAACUUAGCACGUUCUACACACUUAUUCGGGAGCACUAUGGAGAUAUGACCAAUCAGCUUGUUGUGGAGCAGGACCUCACACUUUUUGCUCCAUCCAAUGAAGCCUUUAAGAUGGUCAACAAAGAACGCCUUAAUCAGGUGAUUGCUAACCAAGAUAGGCUGGGAAAACUACUUAAGCUUCAUGUGGUAAAGCGCCGCCUUACUACAGAUGAGAUUGUUGAUAGGAGCACCCGUGAGAUCUUCCAGGCGGAAACUCUGAGUAAUCGUCGCAAGCUUUAUUUUGCUGUCAACGAACCAAAUGCUCUGGUUCCUGUUGUCUCUCUGGAGGGAGCUGGUGUUAAUGCUACCAUUACUACACCAAAUAUAGCUGCAAAGAAUGGUGUUAUUCACAUCAUAGACCGUAUUCUUGGCAUUCCUUCUCAGACGGUAUACGAGAAGCUUGCCUCUGAUCCUAUGCUCAGUUCAACUUUCUCUUUGAGUGAGCAAGAAGGUUGGAAUGAGCGCCUAGGCUCACGCGAAGAAAAGUUUACCUUAUUUGUGCCAAGCAAUGAUGCUUGGGCAAUGAUUCACCGCAAGAUGCCAUCAGCCUACAAAAAACUCUUUAUGGGUGACUUUGCUUACCAUGUACGAUAUAUAUUGGAACGCCACAUGAUUGUGGGACAAGACCUAAGCUUAGAUGACUUGGUUGCUCUGACAUCUAACUCAACAGUCAGAAGAGGGUAUCACGAGGAGCGGCUUGAGAUGACCCGUGGAAAAAUAUACUUUCAGGCUCGUGUUAGGGCAAGCUUUGGAGAAUCGUCUAGUUCUAAUGAAACAGACACAGAAAUGGAUUUGGAGGAUAGCUCAGACAGUGAAUAUUACGUUGAGUGGAAUGGUAUCAAGGCUCGAGUGAUCCGCCCAGAUGUUGAAUGUGUAAAUGGAGUGGUUCAUGUCAUUGAUAGUGUUCUGAUGAUGAAUCGUGAUGUUACUGUGUCUGGCUCUACAGUGCCAAUGGUUACUGGACUGGCUACACUCAUUGCUACUUUUUUCACAGUUGCCUUUGCUCGUGUUCUUCACCAUUAAAAGAAAACAUAAAAGUAAUAUUGUAUUUAAAACUGUAUAUUGUACUUUGAGAAGUCAAAAAAUCACUGAAAAUGUAUGUUGUAUAAUACUGUGGUUAAAAUUAUAUUUUAUUUGCAGAAAAUUUUCAGUAGCAUGCUGCCUGUUCCAGGGAGUUAUGUUCUCAUGUAUAUCUUAUAAUACUCUUAGCUACUCUUCACCAUGAUCAUUAUUAAUAGUAAAACAGUUACAAAAAUAAACUGGGUUCUCAGUGUCUUAUAGAUCAAUUAGUGUAAAGUUAUUAAAGCUUUACAUUAAAAGUCAGAAGCUGUAAAAUUGUCAAUCAUUGUAGCUAUUGUGUGGUGCAACAUAGCAUUAGGGCUAAAUAUUUAUUAUAUUUGAAUACUGUAUCUAAAUUUGUAAAGUUAAGAAAUUACAUUAACUGUAGUUAUAUGAUCUAUGAUGUAGGACAAAUUAUGAAAUCAUUGCCUAAAUCAUUUUGCUAUCAAUAUUACUCUGGUUAUAUGACACUACACAAUUAGCAGAUUGGCAAUUUAAGGGCAUAAUGCAUAUUAUAUUGUUAUUGUAGUACAGUAGUCUCACUUUUUUACAGAAUCAUUAAAAAUAUAAGGUUUGCAUUUAUCUGAACUCAAUCUUAAUGAUGCAAGAUUAAACAAAUAAAACAGCCAUUGCUUAGGGCUGUAUACUUGCACAUCUUAAAAUGCAGCAAUAAUACUUAAGAUAUAAUGUUUCCUUUUAUCAAUAUUUAUUUUCAACAACUAAGUAGGAUAACAAAAUUAUCGAAAAAUUUAUGUACAACAGUAAAUACAGAUUGCAAAAAUAACUCGGUCCUUCUUAGAACAAUGACAAACAUGGUCAUGAAUAAUUAAAAUAUAUUUGAUGCAUAAAACUGCCAUGUAUAUUAAGCUUGUGUACAUUUCGAGAAUGGUAUAAGCAAUUUAUUUAUCAAGAUUUUAGAGCAAUAAAACUUAAAAUCAAAGCUUGAGAAAGUACAUUUUAUGCAAUAAUCAAAUAAAAGUAGAAUCAUAUGCUGGCUCUUGACAUACUGUAUUGACAUUUACAAAAAUUCCUUCAUUAACUACAUCUUAAAAUGUGUUAAAUGUACAAACAUGCAAAAACUAGAUUUAUUUUAUUUGUAUUUAAAAAGUAAAUUUGAUAUAGCCAGUGGUACAUUCUACACCAAAGAUGUAACAAGUGUAUGUAUAAACGUACGUCAGUCAAAUACAUGUAUAUAUAUGUAUGAAAGCCAAAGUUACAGCUUGAUAGGGCUGUAAGCUGUUAAUAAAGUGCAAGGAAGCAAAAGCUAUAGCAUACAAAUCUUAACCAUAUGAAAAAUAUAACUUUAUUUAUUAUGCUAUUAAACUAAGUGAAUAUGAAUGACUUUUAUAUAUUUUAUAGAAUUUAUUGACCAAAAUUAAGUAUAUCCCAAAGUCUAAUGACAAAAAGAAAAUAUUACUCAAGUGUUUUCUGUGAAACCUGGAAAUUACUUAGUACAAGUGUUCAUCUCACUCCGAAGAGCAUUCAUUCCACUCCCUGCCUGUUUGCCUUAAACUGGAAACUUGUAAUUGUUUCAACAUCAAGAGUGUUCUUUUUGGCCUUGAUGCACAGCAUACAUGUUUACCCAACUCUUGAAAUAGUUUUACCUUGUUUAGAUUGAUCUUCAUAGCAAUGCAUCAAUGCUUAAAAGCCUCAAUUUUUUUUAGCAUGAUUAUAUUGUUUAUGUUCAUAAUAUUGUUACAGUUGAAUGUAGUUUUCAUCAAAUGCAAAGAAAAUUAUCGGAGGCCUAUUUUUGGUGAUCUAGUCACAGUCACAUGAUCUUCAUAUUGGCAUGUGAGCCAAGUAUUUAAGCAUUACAUACUCAUUUAAGUUACUUUUAAAAUGUACAUAAUAUUCCUACAUUGUAAGUAGUAAAGUUUAGUGAGAAUAAAAUUAAAGUAUUGUA